UUUAAAUAUGUUCUUUAUAAGGUUGGGACCCUGUAACCUCGGCUUAUUUUUGUUUUGUAACCCUGACUACUAUUGGGUUCGGGGACUAUACACCGGUGGACUCAUUUGCAGGAUUUGAAACCGACCCAAAGGCGUUUAUUGUGAUGGUUUUAUCUCUGAGCUAUCUUAUAUUUGGUAUGAUUCUAAUCUCCAUGUGCUUGAAUCUUAUGCAAGAGCAGAUCAUUGAGAAGUUUCAAUGGCUCGCAAGUUCUCUGGGAGGAAAAGAAUCUGAUGAGGAGGUGGUGAAACUCAGUAAAGAGGGAAUGGUUUCAGAAACUCCGCAUGAUAAAAAUGGCAACGAUCAUGAUUUUGGAUCGAAGAAGAAAGACCCCGCGGCUGCAGUUGUAAUCAUCAAUGAAACAGAUCCAGAUGAUGAUGGUAUCGAAGAGAUAAAGGAUGAGGAUGAGGAAUCUAAACCUGAAGAAGAGGAAGAAAACGAGAAUACUCCAAAAGAUGAAGAUGAAGAAGAGAAAGAAGAUGAUGACGAGAAAAAGGAAGAAAACAAAGGAAAUGAUAACGAAGGAUUUGAAUCCGAUGAAUAAAUGACAAAAAUGAGUUUGAUUUUCAAAAUAACUCGAAUUCUCAAAGAUUCUGUGAUGAACAAAAAUGUUGUGUGUUUAAAAUAAUUAUCCGCGCUUUAAUAUUUAGCUUAAAGUUGAUUAAUCUGCGUAUAACAGUAUUCUAUAUGUAUAGUUCAACCUGGAAUAAAUAGAAGAUAAAAAGUU